UCGCGAGGCGGUGACCUCUGACCGCGGGUUCAACAGGUCACAGGUCAGACAGGGGUGGGGUGAUGAACCACUUCCGGGAGCGGAUGGCGGCUGCUGUCUCGUCCGUGCGGAGAAUGGGAAGCGGCUUCACCUUUAUCGACAUUGGAAUAAAUUUGACAGAUCCAAUGUUUCGUGGGAUUUAUCGAGGCUCUCGGAAACAUCAAGAUGAUUUUUUGGAUGUAAUACAGAGAGCUGUCAAAACUGGAGUUCAAAAGUUCAUGCUUACAGGAGGCAGUUUGCAAGAUAGCAAAGAUGCACUGGAAUUGGCAAAGACAAGAGAUUCUUUCUAUAGUACAGUUGGUUGUCACCCUACACGCUGUGGUGAAUUUGAGCAGAACAAUCCAGAGCAGUACUUGUCUGAUCUUAAAACUUUGGCCAUAGACAACAAAGGGAAAGUGGUGGCCAUUGGAGAAUGUGGUUUGGAUUUUGACAGAUUGGAAUUUUGUCCUAAAGAGAUUCAAUUAAAAUACUUUGAAAAGCAAUUUGACCUGGCAGAAGAAACUAAAUUGCCUCUGUUUCUACACUGCAGAAAUUCCCACGCAGAAUUUUUAGAUAUAAUGAAGAGAAACAUUGACAGAUGUGUUGGAGGUGUGGUGCACUCCUUCGAUGGUACAAAAGCGGAAGCUGCUGCACUAGUAGAAUUGGGUCUUUAUAUUGGUAUCAAUGGCUGCUCCUUAAAAACCGAAUCCAACCUUGAAGCCAUGAAAUCUAUCCCGAGUGAAAAACUGAUGAUAGAAACUGAUGCACCAUGGUGUGGAGUAAAGAACACGCAUGCUGGUGCUAAGUUUGUGACAACCACAUUUCCAACAAAAAAGAAGUGGGAAGAGGGACACUGCCUCAAGGACAGGAAUGAACCAUGCCAUAUUGUACAAAUAUUGGAGAUAAUGGCUGCAGUGCGAGAAGAGGAUGCACGUGAGCUGAGCAACACUAUGUACAAUAAUACUGUGAAGGUCUUCUUUCCUAAUAGUUGAUCAACAAUCAUAUCAUCCUGACCAAUUGAUUUUAAGUUUACACAACCUAAGAGGCAGCUGGCAAUGGCAUCCAUUUCCAGGAUGGUGCUAUCUAGUUUUUGUUGUUGAAUCCAAUGCAUGAGCUACUCUAGAUUGAUAUGAAUUUAUCCACACCACAGCCAUACAUGUUCUGUUAAAAAUCCGUGAAAUUGCUCAUGUUGGUAACAUUGGAAGAUACUUUUGAAAAAUUUUGGGAUGGGAAAGCUGACUCCCUCUAAUGCAUGGAUACCAACUUCCCUCCCCUGCCUACCUGAACAGUUCAAAAGUGUAAAUACACUGACAGAAGAUUGACCAAGUACCUUAGUGGUAUUUUUUGAAUCUGUAAUACCUCAUUGUACAAAAUCAUUGUAUUGUACUAUGGUUAUUUUAUUAUAAUCCUGAUUGUGACAGAUGUUUAUAGUAAACCUGUAACCAGAGAUCAGUACUGAAUUAAAAUUUAAGUUCUUUCUAUGUAAAGAAUAAAAGGACAUUAAGGUCAAAACUUGGUUUGGAGCAAGAUGAAAUGCAUAGCAUCAAUAUGCAACUCUGAUUGCUUUUAGACUAUACUGAAUAUACCUAUUUUAUGAUCUUGAGAUAUAUUGUAAAACCUGAUGAUAACAAGAAAGUCAUUUAAGAUUAUAGAGAGGAAGACAUUAUAAGUUUGUUCCAGUGCCCAUUGAGACAAAAAUAUAAAUGGUGGAAGAUAGAACAAUGUAGCUAUCACGUACAAAAAUCUAUAUUCAUGACCCGUCACUGGGAUAUAAUUGCUGGAAUCUUGAUGUGUGAGAAGUAUUACUUGAUCAAUAUGAGAGUCAUUUGUUUGAAAAUAAAACUUGUAUUCAGUCAUGAA